UCCAACCGGUUUUUUGUGCAGGAUAAAAAAUCCUUUGGGAAAAUUCUAUUUAUUAGUCUGCGGUAAGCAAUUCAAAGGAAGCUUUCUUUUGUAGUGUUGUUUUGUGAAUGUGGAGUCCGGGAUCAUUGUUUGGAGAUGCUUAAAUUACUUGAGACAUCAGCUUUCCCUCGCCCUUUUCACCAACCGUCUUCGUGCAAGAUUAAAAAUCCGUUAGCAAAAUUUGCAGGUUACUUUUAGAGGUAGAUCAAAGCCUAAACAGUAAUAUAAAUCAAUUAGUUGAUCUUAAUUGAAUUACUUUAGGCUUCAAACUCGACAUGCUAAAUUUCUCGCGGGCUAUUUCUGAAAACGUUUCAAACUCGACCAGUGGGGAAGGCGACAUUGCAAGUGUUCCUGUGGAGGUUAGUACUAUCAUCUCUAUUAUCAUCAACACCAUCACUUGCCCCUUUACAGUUCUUCUCAACGUGCUGGUGAUACAGGCCGUGAAAACAAGACCACGACUCCGAACAAACAGCAACAUUUUGUUGGCCUGCUUAGCGGUAACUGACGCAUUAAGUGGGCUCCUCGGCCAACCAUCCUACAUCUUGUGGAGGAUAACCCUAAUAUUUGGCAUCAGCAGCAGUCAGGCAGUCGCGAGCUUCUAUUACGAUGUUAUGGCUGCCUUGGUCCUGGCUUCAUAUCUUCAUCUGAUGUUGGUUACUUUCGAGAGGCUCGUAGCGAUUAAGUUUACGAUGCACUACUCGAACAUUAUGACUCACAACACCAUAAAGAUAACAGUGUCAGUAUUUUGGAUCAUUUCUUUUCUUGGUGGGGUUUUCAGCGCAUUAAAAAUGUAUUAUGUGUUGCUUCCCAUGACAGGCCUUGCCACUAACUCAUGUAUCGUUUUCGUUGCCUCUGCUUAUUUGAUUUUGUAUCACGAAACCCGUCGCCACCAAAAAAAGAUAAAAGCAGAGCAACUGCCCGCAGAAGAAGUAGAAAGAUUUUCCACAGAGAACAGGGCCCUUAAAACUACUAUGUUUGUAGUUGGUGCUGUUGUUGUCUGCCUUCUCCCACUUGGUUUCUGUCUGAUCGUUAUGAAUGCAGGCCUUUAUGUUAAAUGUCCCAUUAGCGACCAAGUGUGGCAAACAUUUGGCCUGUUAAAUUCGUUUGUUAAUCCUUUGAUUUACUGCUUUAGACAGAAAGAAAUGAAAAAGUUUAUAUUUGGCAAAAAAACCCACGUCGUACAACCAUUUAUCUAGUGAGGAAGGAGAUUGUCAUGGAAAGACUGAAAACUUUGAAUAAUUUAUGUACAAUAGCUUUUCUUCCGCUUUUCAAUAUUAUCAUAAUCAUCAUUAUUCUGAUUAUUAUUAUUCGUUACUGCUGACCAUUAGUUAUCAUGUUUUUCGAGGAUACUUACAUAUUAAACAAUCCGUCAAACAGACAACCCUUAUGUCCUGUAACACUUUUGUUCAG